CUGAGAGGAAGCAAAACGUGGACGAUCCGGUGUUCCCCGAGGACUGGGUUGAGAAACGCCUCAUGAUCCAAAACUAACGUCGCUUCUCCAAAGUCACACUGACGGAUAGGUUUAGGACCCGGGGGAAUGGAGUUGCGCUAAACCAGUAUUUCAAUUGGUUGCCAGAAAGUAUAGGGCUUCGGCACAGUAACAAACGGGCGGGACUUCGGAAGAGAAGGUGGACGAAGGAAACACAAACAUGUCUGCUGGCAAAGCUGAAAUCGGCAAGCCUGCCCCAGACUUUACGGCCAAAGCUGUGAUGCCUGGGGGGCAAUUUAAAGAUGUCAAGCUGUCUGACUACAGAGGGAAAUAUGUGGUCUUCUUCUUCUACCCACUUGACUUCACGUUUGUUUGCCCCACUGAGAUCAUCGCCUUCAGUGAUGCGGCAGAUCAGUUUAAGAAGAUCAACUGUGAGGUCAUCGGGGCAUCCGUGGACUCCCACUUCUGUCAUCUUGCCUGGACAAACACACCACGAAAAGAGGGGGGUCUUGGCCAAAUGAAGAUCCCGCUGGUGGCUGACACCCAGCGCUCCAUCUCUCAGGCCUAUGGUGUGCUGAAGGAGGAUGAAGGCAUUGCCUACCGUGGCCUGUUUAUCAUUGACAACAAGGGCAUUCUGAGACAGAUCACGAUCAAUGACCUCCCCGUGGGCCGGUCUGUGGAUGAGACGCUUCGCCUGGUGCAGGCCUUCCAGUUCACGGAUAAACAUGGAGAAGUAUGUCCUGCUGGCUGGAAGCCCGGAAGUGACACUAUCAAGCCCGAUGUCCAGAAAAGCAAGGAAUAUUUCUCCAAGCAAAAAUAAAUGCCUGAAUUCCCCUACAUUUCAGAGUGUAGUUCUGCUGUUGGAAGUCAUCUUCCCCUGUUUUACCAGCAUAAAAAGUUGAGUUGCAAAGUGGUUCCUGGAUUCUGCACUGACUAAUUUAAUUUUAGAAACUGCUGUGCCAUGCUGUUUCAUUACAAUGUCUCUUACUGAUGCUAUAUUUACAAUUAAAAUGGUUUUCCUCUGUAA